UAUCCUAUCCCACCAGACAUCUUAAGUAUUCUUCCCUCCCAGGCCUUGUCUUCCGGCUUAUUGUGUAGGAACCAGUGACUUCAUGAAGUUUCUCCGGAGCCACCUGCAUCCUGCUAGUCUGAAGUCACUUCCUGCCUGAGGUGUGGAGGCGGCAGGGAGAAAUUAGGAAGCUACUACUAGGUUGGGGGAUAGAUGUUUCUGUGCUGGAGAUCUUAAUUUUGGGGACACUGUACCAUCACCACCAAAGAAAAUGGAUUGGACUUGGACCCCAUAAAGACAUCAGGGUCUGGGGGUGGCAGUGAGAAGAGUGCAUAGUUAAGAGCCAACAUGCCAAGUCCAGCCUUCUCUUAACAAUAGCAUCUUGGACUCUAUCCAGUGACCACUGCGUGUGCAUCUCCCACCCUUUCCCCUGUCCUACAUGUGUCCUGGGUGCACAGCUCUGUUCUUGCUCAUGAGCAGAAUUCACUAAUUCUAAUGUAAUCUCCUUUUAGACCUUAAAUUCCUCCUCUAUGAUAAAAAAUCAGCAUGGCCUUUGCAGUUCCCUCCUACUAUUACAGAUUGUGGUUGUGUUUCUUAAUCUUUUAAAACCCAUGACCUGGAUUAGACUUUAAAAAAAAAAAAUCCCAAAACUAAACUAGAACCUUACUCACUUCUCACUACAGCUGUUGAAAAUAAGACCAGCUAGUAUUAUUUAUCCUGUGCUACAUGUCAUAUCCUAAGCUCAGCCUUUUAGUGCGUGGAUUUUCUAAUUUAACACCUCUGGAAAUCCUUAAACAAUUUAAAAAUUAGGCACUGUUGUCCCCAAUUUACAGAUGGAGAAACCAAGUUAAUAAGUGAAGAAGUCAAGAUUGGAACUGUGAUCUGAUUCUAAACUCUUAACCACUGAUAUAUGCCCAGACCAAUUUCUGCCUCUGCCUGCUUCAACCACACUUACAAUAUAGCUAGACAUAGUAUUGUGGUAUGAUUUUUCUUUCUCACAUACAAAAUUAUAAAGCUCAACAUGUUUUUGUUUUCUUUUUAAACCACACAGCCUCCUCUUGUUUGCAUCUUUCCACACUAGUCUAGGUAUGAACUCAAGCCUAAAAUCAACCUCCUGAGGAGCUUGAGUUACAAUGAAGGAACAGGAAGUCCAAACCAUUAGUGCUAUAGGGUCUGUUAUAUUGGGAGUGCUUGUUAUGAGCCUGGGUAGUAGUGGGAAAGGAGGGGCUGACUGUGUCAGUGACCAUGGUCAUAGUUUGUCUCUUUACCCUAUCAUGAGAUCAGAGACUGUGGGUGGGAAAUGGCUGUUAUUAGAAGAUAGAGAAAAAUGUUCCAGCCCCACUGAGAAAGGGGUAGGUGGUGGUAGUGGAGCCUUGUGUGAGCUUACAGGCGCCCUUCCUUUCCCCAGUUUAUUUUUGGUCUCAAUGACCUGUAGAUUUCCUGUUAGUGGGAACAGAAAUGACAGGAACGAGUUUUUAUCACAGAAAUGAAGGAGCCCAACAACCCAUUUCUCUUCUGUUUCCCUGUGGCCUCUCAGGGAUCCAGGUAUCUAGGUUUUUCUAGGCUGAUUUAGCAGCCAAGUAUUUGGUUUAAAGAUCUCAUAACCUCCUCCCUGAUCUGGUAAUUCCUGGAACCCUCAUUAAGCAAGCAGUGAAUGCUUAUCUCUCCAGAACCAGUUUAUCCACCAUCUGUUCUGAAGUGCAGGCCUUGCUGCUAAAAAGUGGGCAAACUGGGCCCACAAUUAAAAAAAAAAAAAAAAAAAAACCGCGACCACUGCACUCUCACCAUAGAUCCCUUCAUCACGUGGGGCACUACGCAGCCUGCCGCUUCGGAUCCCUCUUACGCAUGCGCCCCACUCACCGCCUUUUCUGAAAGGUGCUUUAAAUCCCGCCCAGCACUUCUGGCCCCACCCCCUUCUCAGAAGUAUGCGUCCUCAUUGGCUAGCUACGAAGAGGAUGUCUGCUCGACCGGCCAGGUGCUGACAUUCGCAAAGAUAAAACAGAUAACCCACGCCGAGACUGGAGCGCGUCAGCAGCGUGACUCAGUCCAUUUCGGCUCCCUAUUCUUUAGCUGAAAACUGGAGUCCGCCUGUAGUCUCAGGCCUGGACCCGCAGCUGCAGGCCCGAGGGGCCACGCCUCCUCGCUGGUGGCCCAGGCUGGCCCUGGCCUGUCCCGGUUCUUAGGCGCCUAGGUCAGUCUCCUCCCCUCGCCCCGGGGAAGGCGCAGGCGCCUCGCGCCGCUUUACCAGCACCUUCCCCUCUACCAGCCUCUCCUCUCCUACACCCACCGCAGCAGCCCCGUAGGCUGCAUGGGUGGGUGGGCUGAGGUGGGGCGUCGACAGCCCAGCUCCCACAGGGGGAGUUAGUGGCGGCAGCCCGGUUCCUGCCCAGAUGGCGGGCAGAGCCGAGCCUCCCGAUGGCGGCUGGGGAUGGAUGGUGGUGCUCUCAGCGUUCUUCCAGUCGGCGCUGGUGUUCGGGGUGCUGCGCUCCUUCGGCGUCUUCUUCGUGGAGUUUGUCUCGGCGUUUGAGGAGCAGGCGGCGCGUGUUUCUUGGAUUGCCUCCAUAGGAAUCGCGGUGCAGCAGUUUGGGAGUCCAAUAGGUAGUGCCCUGAGCACGAAGUUCGGGCCCAGGCCUGUGGUGAUGACUGGGGGCAUCUUGGCCGCGCUGGGGAUGCUGCUCGCCUCAUUUGCUACCUCCUUGACUCACCUAUACCUGAGUAUUGGGCUGCUCUCAGGCUCUGGCUGGGCCUUGACCUUCACUCCGACCCUGGCAUGCCUGUCCCGUUACUUCUCCCGCCGUCGAUCCCUGGCCAUGGGGCUGGCACUGACAGGAGUGGGCCUCUCCUCUUUUGCAUUUGCCCCGCUCUUCCAGUGGCUGCUCAACCGCUUUGCCUGGCGGGGGGCCCUGCUGCUGGUGUCUGCCCUCUCCUGCCACCUUGUGGCCUGUGGUGCUCUCCUUCGCCCACUCUCCCUGGCUGAGGACUCUGCUGUGGGUGGCCCUAGGGCCCAACUAACCUCUCUCCUUCAUCAUGGCCCCUUUCUCCGUUACACUGUUGCCCUCACCCUGAUCAACACUGGCUACUUCAUUCCCUACGUCCACCUGGUGGCCCAUCUCCAGGACCUGGGUUGGGACCCACUGCCUGCUGCCUUCCUACUCUCGGUGGCUGCUAUUUCUGACCUGGUAGGGCGGGUGGCCUCUGGGUGGCUGGGAGAUGCAGUCCCAGGGCCUGUGGCCCGACUUCUGAUGCUCUGGACCACUCUGACUGGAGUAUCACUAGCCCUUUUCCCUGUGGCUCAGGCUCCCACAGCCUUGGUGGUUCUGGCUGUGGCCUAUGGCUUCACAUCAGGGGCCCUGACCCCAGUGGCCUUCUCCGUGCUACCUGAACUGGUGGGGACUGGAAGGAUUUACUGUGGCCUGGGACUGGUGCAGAUGGUAGAGAGCAUCGGGGGACUACUGGGAGCUCCUCUGUCUGGGUACCUCCGGGAUGUGACAGGCAACUACACGGCUUCUUUUAUGGUGGCUGGGGCCUUCCUGCUUGUAGGAAGUGGAGUUCUCAUUACCCUGCCCCACUUCUUCUCCUGCUUCUCAGCUCCUACUUCCAGGCCCCAGGAACUUGUAAUAGAGGCACUGGAUACCAAAGUCUCCCUGCCCAAGGAGGAGGGGUUGGGAGAGGACUAAACUCCGCCAAGAGGCAUUCAGACCCCAGAAGCCAGAGCCUGACAGCUCCUGCCCUAUCAAGGCAUCCACAGAAACGCAGUGCCUUAAGAUUCUUGAUCUUCCUCCCCCAGAGCAGACCUGGGGCUCCUGUGAUGUGCGUGCCAACCCUCUGUAUUUUGUUGAGGACUCAUUUUUUUUCUUCCUUUGCUCUCCCAAUGUUUUCUGAAGGAUCCUAGAGGUCCUGCUUCACUGAGCUGUGAAUCAACUGUGAGAAUCAAAGAGGCUUUGUUUUACAUGUGA